AAACAAUUUAUGCCUCUUAAUUUCCUCGAUUCCGCAAGAGAUUUGGAUUUGGACUUGAGAGAGAUUUCGGAAUCGGAGGAGGAAGACGAGAAUGGAGAAGGAGCAGCUAGAGAUCGUCGGGCCACUGGAGGAGCCGUUGAUGGAAAACAUCGCACCAGCGGAGAUUAACGGCCUGGAUUCGCUUUCCUCGUCAGAUACUGAUAGCGAGAAACCAGAUUCUCCCGUUCCCAUCAAUGCUCCGAUCUACCGGAUGUUUGGCAGAGAGCGACCAAUCCACGUGGUUCUCGGCGGAGCUGCUGAUGUGUUGUUAUGGAGGGACAAGAACGUUACGGCGGGAUUACUCAGUGCAGUGACUACGAUUUGGCUUUUGUUUGGAUUUGGUCAUUGUCGUCUUCUCACUUUUGUUUGUCGUGGAUCGAUCCUCUUUCUGCUUCUCUCAUUCCUCUGGUCCCAUGCCCUCAACAAAUCUCCAGAGAGCAUUAUGGAGAUUUACAUCCCUGAGAAGCCAUUACUCCAAGCUGCUUCUGCAUUGACAUUUGAGCUUAACUGUGCUUUUGCAACCUUAAGGAGCAUUGCCUUAGAGAGAGACAUCAAGAACUUUGCAAUGGCACUCAUAGGACUUUGGCUUGUAUCCAUCAUUGGAAACUUGUUCAGCUUCUUGUCGUUGGUCUACAUCUGCUUUGUAUUGAUUCACACGGUGCCAAUGCUUUAUGAGAAGUUUGAAGAUGAGAUUGAUCCAAUUGCAGAGAAGGCUGUGAUUGAGAUGAAGAAGCAUUACCAAGUUUUUGAAGCCAAGGUUUUAAGUAAGAUCCCUCAUUAGCCAAAGUACUAAAAAAAAUCGAAAUUGAAACUAGAUUCGAUUGACUUAGUUUUAGUUCAUUUAUUUAUUCUUUUUUUUGUGUGGGUCCAAAUCAUUUCAAGUCAUUCCUCUGUUCAUGUGGUUUUGGUUACUUCCUACUCAAGCUAUCUACAACUUUUGUGGAUAUAAAAGGGGCUGAGCCUUUAAAAUAAUGUUUACAGAGGCUCGACCCAUUUUUACAUAGCUAUAGAUAUCUAAUGGAAUCCUAAAGCUUACACUUCUCCAUGGUUGAAUGAAUGUUUUUUUUGUGUGAUAGAUAUAGCUGCUCUGUUUUCCAUUCUGUUAUUGUCUGUUUUGCGGAAGCUUCUGCUCUGUUUUGUUUGGUUUGGAGGGACGAUAACUUUUGGGUUGUUUUUGAACAUUUUUGUAACUUUGUUUUCUUU